AUGGGGAGCUCGGCCUCGUCCCUCACCACAGAGACCGAAUCUGAUCAUGGUUUCCGCACCAACCCCUACCCAUCGUCACCCCCGGUGGGCUGGCUCAGGACUAGUCACAGCAGCCCAGUGUGGGGCACCACCUUCAUCACACGCCAACAGCAGCAACAGCAACCGCCUCCACGGCCUCACCGAGAGCGCAGCCACUCUCAUUCUCCUGGCUCCAUGGCAGCUGCAGUGCGAGGCAGUGAGUGGUCAUGUGGACGCUGCACGUUCUUAAAUGUCGGUGGAGCACCUCGCUGUUCGAUCUGUGAGGCGCCUCGCCAGAAACCUGACCUUAAUCAGAUUCUUCGCCUGAGCAGUACCGAGGAGCAUCGCUGGGCUUGCCCUCGCUGUACCCUUAAUAAUCCUCAGGGAUCGAGAGCCUGCUCUGUCUGCGGCUUCGGACCAUCAGCCACCACCCCUGCGCCUGCCAUCACAACCAUAGCUGCCACCUCAAACGGUCUCCCCCCUGCUCCUACUACAGAACCCCCAACUCCUACCGUCACACCCGCAGUGCAUUCAGAACCUCAAGGCCAGGUUCCGGUUAAAGAGGACAUGUUGAGACUGUCAGAAACCAAUGGGGAAGUUGGUGGCUUGGAGCAGCAACAUUCAGGCUGGGCUUGUCCUCGUUGCACACUUCACAAUACACCGGUUGCAUUGUCAUGCUCCGCUUGUGGUGGACCCAGGAAACUAUCGUUACCCAAAAUCCCCCCUGAGGCUUUGGUGGUACCAGAGGUUCGCACUCCUGUACUAGGAUUUCCUGUGGCCUCAGCAGGAACUGCUCCUCUAGUCAUAGACCUAACUGAUGAUUCACCUCCAGCUCCUCCCUGCGAACCCCAAGAACCUCCUCAUGUGCCGUCUUCAACAUUUAGUGCUUUUUCCUCCCUCCAGAACAAUCCGGUGCCACGAAGUAGGAGAGAGGUGCCGCCAACUGGCCGACCGCCAAAUCCAGGCACUAACACUCCAAGCCCCACAUCUCCUUCAAGUGCGAGUGUACUCCCCCAGCCUGGCCCACAGAGACCUACCAAACCCAAACAUGCCCAACCCCAGGAGCCCACAUACCCCAGUAAGCGCCUCAGCAUCUUAGAAGAAGAAGACCCUCUAAAGACUCCCCAGGCUUCCCACCACCCUUCCUCAGGAGCUCCCACUUGGAAGUGCCCAGGUUGCUCUUUAGCUAACCCAAGUGGCUCGUCCAAAUGUGAAACCUGCAGAUCAUCACGGGCUGGCGCUGACCUUAUCGAUUUAGGUUGCGAGACGGUGCGUUUCACCCCGGCGAGCCCGUCCAGCCCAGACUUCAGCACCUGGGCCUGCUGCAAGUGCACCCUGCGCAACCCCACAGGUGCGCCAAAGUGUUCUGCCUGUGGAUCGUCCAAGCUUCAUGGCUUCCAGGAGCAACAGGCGCCCUUGCCUCGUUGCUGUACACAUUGUGGUCAGGGCAGAGGUUUUUCUUCCUCAUCGUCAGCAUUCACUUCUUCUAGUUCCUCCUCGUCGUCGUCCAUCUCAUCCAGCCUUCCGGAGAGGCCUGGGCAGUGGAGUUGCCCAGCAUGUACGCUGCUCAAUGACAUUAAGGCCAAGAAUUGUGCAGCAUGCCACACGCCCCAGCAGUACCUCACCCUUCGCAAGGUGAUAAAGCCUCUAAAAAGGAGAGAGAGCAUGCAUGUCGAGGCCCGUCGGCGAAAUGAUGAGGGUGAAGCCAAGGAACUCUGGGAGAACAUUGUCAGCUUCUGCAGGGAGAACACGGUGAACUUCGUGGACGACAGCUUCCCCCCAGGACCUCGAUCGGUUGGCUUCCCCGAGGGCGACAGCGUCCAGCAGCGAAUAAAAAAGUGGCUCCGCCCCCACGAGAUCAAAUGCAGUAACUUCAAAGACCGUAGCGUCAAAUGGUCCGUUUUCCGCACGCCACGACCCUCUGACAUCCUCCAAGGGCUGCUGGGAAAUUGCUGGUUUCUCAGUGCUCUGGCUGUUCUGGCUGAGCGUCCCGAACUGGUAGAGAGGGUGAUGAUCACCAGGACUAUUUGCACAGAGGGAGCCUACCAAGUUCGCUUAUGCAAAGACGGGACGUGGACGACGGUGCUGGUAGAUGACAUGCUGCCGUGUGACGACUACGGCUUCCUCCUCUUCUCCCAGGCCCAGAGGAAGCAGCUGUGGGUGGCGCUCAUAGAGAAGGCCCUGGCCAAACUACACGGCUCCUACUUUGCCUUGCAGGCAGGGCGUGCCAUCGAGGGCUUGGCCACAUUGACUGGGGCGCCAUGUGAUUCCCUAAUGCUGCAGGUCAGCUCCACCAAUCCGCGCGAGGAGCCCAUUGAUACAGACCUGAUCUGGGCUAAGAUGCUUAGCUCCAAGGAAGCUGGGUUUCUGAUGGGCGCCUCGUGUGGAGGAGGCAACAUGAAGGUGGAUGAUGCUGUCUAUGAGUCUCUGGGUCUGAGGCCUCGUCAUGCCUACUCCGUCUUGGAUGUACGAGAUGUCCAAGGAUACAGGUUGUUGCGACUCCGUAACCCAUGGGGUCGAUUCUCGUGGAAUGGAAGCUGGUCAGACGAGUGGACGGACUGGCCCCAGAAUCUGCGUCAUGAGCUGAUGCCUCAUGGGAGCGGUGAGGGUGUCUUCUGGAUGGAGUAUACAGACUUCAUCAAGUACUUUGAUUCGGUGGAUAUCUGUAAAAUCCACUCUGACUGGCAGGAGGUGCGACUCCAGGGAUGCUUCCCGAGCAAGGCCAGCGGGCCGGUGACUGUCAUGUCCCUCACUGUACUGGAAAGGACUGCGCUGGAGUUUGCUCUUUUCCAGGAGGGAAGCAGACGCUCAGACACAGCCGACAGCCACCUUCUGGACUUGUGCAUCAUGGUUUUCCGGGCCUCCUUCGGGAGUAGCAACAAGCUGACCUUAGGCCGUCUGUUGGCGCACAGCAAGCGAGCGGUGAAGAAGUUCGUUGGCUGCGAUGUGAUGCUGGAGCCCGGGGAGUACGCCGUGGUGUGUUGCGCUUUUAACCACUGGCAGAUGAACGUGAGCGGAUCAGGAGGACCACCUACACCCAUCUCCAGUCCAACCAGUGGAGCCCAGCGACGGCCCAGUCAGGACUUCCCUGGCUACAUCCUUGCCAUCUACAGCUCCAGACAGGUGAUGGUUGAGCAAGUUGAGGCAGCCGCCACUACACUAGCUGAUGCCAUCAUCCAACUGACGGAAAACAAAGGAGAAAGACAUGAGGGCCGCGAAGGCAUGACGUGCUACUAUUUGACACAUGGCUGGGCGGGGCUAAUCGUGGUGGUUGAAAACCGUCACCCCAAGUACUACCUCCACGUCUCCUGUGAUUGCACGGACAGCUUCAACGUGGUGUCAACACGUGGCAGCCUUAAGACCAUCGACAGCGUACCACCUUUACAUCGGCAGGUGUUGGUGGUACUCUCUCAGCUGGAAGGAAACGCUGGUUUCUCCAUCACGCACCGGCUGGCUCACCGCAAAGCCACGCAGGCCUCUCUUGGCGACUGGACGCCCACCAAAGCCACCCACAGUCCCCAGCUCAUCCCGGACAUUGACGGCCUGCACCGGCCCAGGCCGCUAUGA